AUGCAGCUCUGGCCCGAUAGCGGACUCGCGGGGCGUGAUCCUUGCAUGGCGCCGGGUGGAGCCCUGGAGGUAGGAUGGCGCCCCACUGUUGAACUUUUAGGUGCUAGUUCCUGGUCAUUGGCUUCACAAGUUUGCGCUCUACAUCAAACUCAUACAGCGACACUAUCAAGUCAAGAUAUCGCCGACAACAAGACACAGCACCCUUGUGAUCUGUUAUUAAACGAAUCCCCAAACUCAACCAGACUCAAAAAAUUAGUCAAAAUGGCCGCCAAAAAGAACAAGAAGCAAAAGCGCGAGGACUAUCGCGCCGCCAUGAAGCAGGACGAUGUCCUCACCAUGCCUCGCAAGAAGUUUUACCGCCAAAGAGCCCACGCCAACCCCUUCUCCGACCAUCAAUUAGUCUACCCACCACACCCUGACCAAAUGGACUGGUCCACCCUCUAUCCAGCCUAUGUCGCCCAAGAAGAGUCACAGCCAGAAGCCACCCCAUCAUCAACAACAGAAGACCUCUCGGCACCAGUCAAAGUAAAAAAGCUCACCCAAGACGUCGAAGUAGCCGACAUAGGCUGCGGCUUCGGCGGCCUCCUCAUCGCCCUCGCCCCCGUCAUGCCCCAAACCCUCGUCCUCGGCCUCGAGAUCCGCGUGAGCGUCACCCAGUUCGUCGAGGACAGAAUCAAGGUCCUCCGUCGGCAAAACGAAGAAAGCAAAGCCUACCAAAACGUGUCUGUUCUCCGCGCCAACACGAUGAAGUUCUUGCCCAACUUUUUCAGGCAGGGGCAGCUGUCCAAGAUUUUCAUCUGUUUUCCCGACCCGCACUUCAAGGCGAGGAAGCACAAGCAGAGGAUUGUGAGCACGACGCUGAAUUCGGAGUAUGCUUAUGCGGUGAGGCCGGGGGGGGUUGUGUACACGAUUACGGACGUGCCGGAUUUGCAUGGGUGGAUGGUGCAGCAUUUUGAGGCGCAUCCGAUGUUUGAGAGGGUUGGGGUGGAGGAGCAGGAGGGGGAUCCAUGUGUGGAGAUUAUGAGGAAUGCGACGGAGGAGGGGAAGAAGGUGGAGAGGAACAAGGGGGAGAAGUUUGUGGCGUUGUUUAGGAGGUUGGAGGAUCCUGUGUUUUAG